AUGUCAAACAACAUGGACAAAUAUAAGUUAAUCGCUGAAGUCCGCAAGCGACCUGCACUAUGGGAUAUUAAAAGCGAAGAACAUAGAUCCGUAAAUAUACUUCAAACAGCGUGGAAAGAUGUGGCUGCCGCUAUGGGAUCAAAUGUUAAUGAGUGCAGUCGUAAGUGGAAAGGUUUACGGAGUACUAAUCGAGAAGUAGUUAAUAAGAUAGAGUUACGCAUCCAAGAAGCUAAACAGAAAGGUUCAUAUAAUCCUAACAAUGACUAUGGCAGUGAGUGGACUUAUUUGGAACACAUGAAAUUUAUGAAUGAAAUUAAAAAACCAACUGUUAAUGACCACAAAAGUGAUCUGGAAAUGUCAAACGCCAUAGACAAAUUUAAGUUGAUCGCUGAAAUACAAAAGAGACCUGCACUAUGGGAUAUUAAAAGCGAAGAACAUAGAUCCCAAAAAAUUCGUCAAAAAGUGUGGAAAGAUGUGGCUGUCGCUAUGGGAUCAAAUGUUUAUGAGUGUAGUCGUAUCUGGAAACAUUUACGGGAUAUGAGUCGAACAAUACUUAAGAAGAGAGAAUUACGCAUCAAAGAAGCUAAACUGAAUGGUUCAUAUAAUCCUAACAUGGCCUAUAUCACUCAGUGGCCUUAUCUUGAACACAUGGAAUUUUUUCAUGGCAUUAAACUUGGGAACCCAUCUGCUAAUGAAAACAAAAGUGACGAUAGUGACUCAAACCAAGUUUCCAAAGUUCAUAAUAUGGACAAUACUAAGAUGGAACCUGAGCGUGAUCUAGAAAUGUCAAACGCCAUGGACAUAUUUAAGUUAAUCGCUGAAGUACGAAAGAGACCUGCACUAUGGGAUAUUAAAAGCGAAGAACAUAAAUCCAAAAUAAUUCAUCAAAAAGUGUGGAAAGAUCUGGCUGUCGCUAUGGGAUCAGAUGGUCUUAGUGUCUGCAGGUGUAAGUGGAGAAGUUUACGGUGUCGUAAUCUAGCAAUAGUUAAUAAGACAGAGUUACGCAUUCAAGAAGCUAAACAGAAAGGUUCAUAUAAUCCUAACAAUGACUAUGGCAGUGGGUGGAUUUAUUUGGAACACAUGAAAUUUAUGAAUGACAUUAAAAAACCAUCUGUUAGUGACCACAAAAGUGAUCUAGAAAUGUCAAACAGAUUUAAGUUGAUCGCUGAAAUACGAAAGAGACCAGCACUAUGGGAUAUAAAAAGCAAAGAACAUGGUUCCCAAAGAAUCCGUCAAAAAGCAUGGAAAGAUCUGUCUGUCGCUAUGGGAUCAGAUGUUAAUGACUGCCGUCGUAUCUGGAAAAAUUUAAGGACCACUAAUCAAGUAAUAGCUAAGGGCAUAACGUUACGCAUCCAAGAAGCUAAACUGAAAGGUUCAUAUAAUCCUAUCAAAAAAAAAUAUAGCAGUAAUUGGCCAUAUUUCGAAGCCAUGGAAUUUAUUAAAAACAAUACAAAAGAUUCGAUUAAACUUUGUUCUUCAGAUGACAAAUUGCAGUUAAUCGCUGAAGUCCGAAAUAGGCCUGAACUAUGGGAUUUUAAAAGCAAAGAACAUAGAUCCUGUUUAUCUGCUGCCGAAGUGUGGAAAGAUCUGGCUGUUAGUUUGGGAUCAGAUGUUGAAACAUGCCAGCGUAACUGGAUAACUUUAUGUAAGUCAUAUAAGAGAUUAGUUAGGAGUCUAGAGUCACGCAUCAAAGAAGCUAAACUGAAUGGUUCAUAUAGUCCUAACAAAAAAUAUAGGAGUCAGUGGCCUUAUUUUGAACACAUGGAAUUUAUGAAGGACAAUACAACAGGUUCGAUUAAACUUCGUAAUUCAGGUGACAAAUUUAAGUUAAUCGCUGAAGUCCGAAAUAGGCCUGAGCUAUGGUGUAAUAAACGCAAUGAAUAUAGACCCCGUUUAGUCUUAAAGAAGUCAUGGGAAGAUCUGGCUCGUGCUAUGGGAUCAGAUGUUGAUGACUGCAAGCGUAAAUGGACAAGUUUAUUGCUGGGGUAUCGAGUAGAAGUUAAGAAGUUAGAGUUACGUAUUAAAGAAGAUAAGUUGAAAGGUUUAUAUAAUCCUAAAAAGGAAUACAGAUCUAAUUGGAUUUUUUAUGAACGCAUGAAAUUUUGCGAUUACAUUAAAAACCCAUGUCUCAUGGAACUUGGGAACACAUCUGUUAAUGACAAUAAUAGUGACGAUAAUGACUCAAAUCAAGUUUCCGAAUUUCAAAAUAUGGACAAUUAUAAGAUGGAACCAGAGCUUGAUCUAGAACCAGAAGUGUAUUUACCAGAUGACGAACAUAAUUCCCCUCAAACAUCUGUCGGUGUGAAAUCAAAUUUUAGCGUUAUUAAUUUAGCGGAAAACCCAGAUAAACCAACAUUAAAUUGGAAGUGUACUAAACGCUCUUAUGAUCAGGCGAAUUACUUGGAAGACCUUGAAAAGGAGGAGCAUAACUUAAUAAAGUCCACUAAGGUGGAGCUUGGGAUUGAUCUAGACACAGAAGUGUAUAUACCCGACGAUGAAGAUUAUGACACUGACAGCCAAAUGUCUGGCAUGGAAUUUUUAAGCGAACCAAAUUCUCCUCAAAACCAAGAGUCAGCAGAUGAUAAACCAUCGUCAACAGGUGGGAACUGCACUAAACGAUCUUAUGAGCGGGCGAAUUUAUUGGAAGAUAUUGUAAAGGAGGAGCAUAACUUAACAAAGUCCGUUAAGGUGGAACCUGGGCUUGAUCUAGACCCAGAAAUGUAUAUACCCGACGAUGAAGAUUAUGACACUGACAGCCAAAUGUCUGGCAUGGAAUUUUUAAGCGAACCAAAUUCUCCUCAAAACCCAGAGCCAGCAGAUGAUACACCAUCGUCAACAGGUGGAAACUGCAGUAAACGAUCUUACGAUCAGGCGAAUUUAUUGGAGGAUAUUGAAAAGAAGGAUUCCAACUUAAUUAAAUCUGUACGUUCCAAUGACAUGGUUCCUGUUAUCGAUUCCGACUAUAAUUUCUUGGUCAGUUUUUUGCCGAAAAUGAAAAAGAUUAAUGAGUUGCAAAAUUUACAGUUUCGUGCAAAAAUUAUCGAUUUGAUAAUGGAUAUUGCGAAAGAAUGA